CAGGUCGGCGUGCUCCUCGUUCAGCGCUCUGCGUCCGGAGCUGCCCCCCGACGGCGCAGCGCAGGGGCCCCGCAUCGCAGCCCAGCUGUCCGGACUUCGCGGGUCCCCUCCCCCGGGGCUGAUCAUUAACCAGGAGGCCGUAUAAGGAACAAGUGGCCUGGGCGGGAGGGACGCAUCGCCGCCGCCGCCAUGGACAGCAGCACCUGGAGCCCCGGGACCGCCACCACCGCCGCGCCCCUCGCGUCCUAUGAGCGCAUCCGUAAUGCGGCCGACAUCUCUGUCAUCGUCAUCUACUUCGUGGUGGUGAUGGCUGUCGGGCUGUGGGCUAUGUUUUCCACCAACCGUGGGACUGUUGGAGGCUUCUUCCUCGCAGGACGAAAUAUGGUGUGGUGGCCGAUUGGAGCCUCUCUCUUUGCCAGUAACAUUGGAAGUGGCCACUUUGUGGGGCUGGCGGGGUCAGGAGCAGCUUCAGGCAUCGCCAUGGGGGGCUUUGAAUGGAACGCCCUGAUUUUGGUAGUUGUGCUGGGCUGGGUGUUUGUCCCCAUUUACAUUAAGGCUGGGGUGGUGACGAUGCCAGAGUACCUGAAGAAGCGAUUUGGAGGCCAGCGGAUUCAGGUCUACCUCUCUCUUCUGUCCCUGUUGCUCUACAUUUUCACCAAGAUCUCGGCAGACAUCUUCUCUGGGGCCAUAUUCAUCAACAUGGCCUUGGGACUGGAUCUGUACCUGGCCAUCAUUCUCUUAUUGGCAGUCACUGGCAUUUACACAAUCACAGGGGGCCUGGCGGCUGUGAUUUACACGGACACCUUGCAGACUGCGAUCAUGCUGGUGGGGUCUGCUAUCCUGACUGGGUUUGCUUUUAAUGAGGUGGGAGGCUAUGAAGCCUUCAUGGAAAAGUACAUGAAAGCUAUUCCAACCAUGAUUUCUGAUGGAAACAUCACCAUCAAAGAAGAAUGCUACACCCCAAGGGCCGACUCCUUCCACAUCUUCCGAGAUCCCCUCAAGGGAGACCUGCCAUGGCCUGGGCUCAUCUUUGGGCUGUUCAUCCUCACCCUGUGGUACUGGUGCACAGAUCAGGUCAUUGUGCAACGCUGCCUCUCAGCCAAAAACAUGUCUCAUGUGAAGGGCGGCUGUAUCAUGUGUGGGUACCUGAAACUACUGCCCAUGUUCCUCAUGGUGAUGACGGGAAUGGUCAGCCGCAUCCUGUACACAGAAAGAGUGGCCUGCGUCCUCCCCUCAGAAUGUGAGAAAUAUUGCGGCAUCAAGGUUGGCUGUUCCAACAUUGCCUACCCAACUUUGGUGAUAGAGCUCAUGCCUGAUGGAUUGCGAGGCCUGAUGCUAUCAGUCAUGUUGGCCUCCCUCAUGAGCUCCCUGACCUCCAUCUUCAACAGUGCUAGCACCCUCUUCACCAUGGACAUCUACACCAAGAUCCGGAAGAGAGCAUCUGAGAAAGAGCUCAUGCUUGUAGGAAGGUUGUUCAUCCUGGUGCUGAUUGGCGUCAGCAUCGCCUGGGUGCCCAUUGUGCAGUCAGCACAAAGUGGGCAGCUCUUCGAUUACAUCCAGUCCAUCACCAGUUACUUGGGACCACCCAUCGCAGCUGUAUUCCUCCUUGCUAUUUUCUGGAAGAGAACCACUGAGUCAGGAGCCUUUUGGGGACUAAUCUUAGGAUUUCUGGUUGGGUUGGCCCGUAUGAUUACUGAAUUUGCCUAUGGAACUGGGAGCUGCAUGGAGCCCAGCAACUGCCCCACGAUUAUCUGUGGUGUGCACUACUUGUACUUUGCCAUCAUCCUCUUUGCCAUUUGUGUCAUCACCAUUGUGGUCGUCUCCCUCUUCACCAAGCCCAUUCCAGAUGUGCAUCUCUACCGCCUGUGUUGGAGCCUGCGCAACAGCAAAGAGGAACGUAUUGACCUGGAUGCAGGAGAAGAGAAUAUCCAAGACACCUUGGAGGAGAGCAUUGAAAUAGAAGUUCCUGAGAAGAAAAAAGGAUACUUCAGGAGGGCCUAUGACCUGUUUUGUGGUCUGGAUCAGCAGAAAGGCCCCAAGAUGACAAAGGAAGAGGAGGAAGCCAUGAAGCUGAAGAUGACAGACACCUCCGAGAAGCCUCUGUGGCGGACGAUAAUGAACAUCAAUGGCAUCAUCCUGCUGACUGUGGCCGUCUUCUGCCAUGCAUAUUUUGCCUAAGUCCUGCCUUCUGCUGCAGACUGUGCUCAUGAAGGCCAGACUCUUUACUCUGCCUCACUUUAGCCCCAUUGGAUGGUGUUGAAGGGAAACCAGCCAGUUGUAAAUUUUGCCCAGUUGAUAAAUCUGUACAUGCGUAAUUACAGGCUUGCCGGAGAAGAAUCAUUAACUUGCUGUCAACUUAUGUAUUUUAGGCCAGUGUGAUACAGUCAGUUGUGCAGAUUAGAGCUGCAGAAGGAAAGUCCACUCAGUCCUACCUAGGUAAAGGCAGACUAAGAAAUGGGAGCCCUGUGAUGUCUGAUGCAAGUUUGUCUCAGGUAGAUUCAGUGUGUCAACAUUGUUUGUGAUCCUUGAGUAUUAUUUUAAGAGUUUGGUCUCCCUUGUUCCUGGUCCUGUCCCUAUCUGACCUUCCCCUCAUCUUUUCUUUUCUUUAAAAUGCCCUCUCCCCACCCCCGAUGAUAUCCCUGUCAAGUUUUUCCUGGCACAAGAAAAAUCAAUGUGGUAAACUGGUGAAGGCAUUGAAGUUGAAGAUGGGGGCCUGUUGGGGUCCCUGUCUUGAGUGUUUGGUUUUUAAAGGAGUAGCCUGGAGAUGGCAGUACUUACCCCAAGGAGAUGGACCAAGACAUCAGCCUCAGGCCAGUGGAAAAAGCAGAUAAUCUUGAAUCAAGGAGAUUUUAUGGUCUUCUUAAAAAUGUCCAUUGUGAGUUCUUCAAGUUUGGAACUUCACUCAUUUUGGCAUUUGCUGUGCCUGGAAUGUCUUAGCCACCCAACAGUGUUUGUGGAGUGAAUGAAUGAUAUGGGCAUUUAUUUAUAAACGCUUGAUUUAUUUUUAGUUAACCUUUCCUUGUGGCUGCACAAAGUGUACACUCUGGCAACUAUAAUGAAUUGGAGUGCAUUUUCAAGAGGCUGCUCUUCUCAUGGUGCUGAUGUUGACCUACGAGCUUAGAAGCUGACUCUGUCUCACAUAGUCGAGCAAAUGUGACUCUUUGGGGCAUCUGUCAUCUCAAAGCAGUGCACUCUCCUGAAACAUUGAAACAAUUAGCCUGAGAUCCUUCUUCCCUUGAGUGCAUGUGACCACAGCCUUCCUCUUUUAAAUGUCUUAAUUGGUGCUCAUCCAUUGGCCAAGGUUAGGGUAGGUGGUCUCUGUUCCAGGUGAUAGUGCUCAGUGCUUUUAUUUCUUAUUGAAUCUGUUUGUUUCCUAGGGGGAAAUUUUAAAAAUUUAAUUUAAAUUUAAUUAAUGAAUUUAAUUUAAUUCUCUUAAUUUCACCUGUGAGAUAUUAAUUAUAUUGUAAUAUAAUCCUAUUGAAGUCACGAUGUUAAGUGUUUACUGAUUUCAGGCUAGUUUAGAACAAAGCUGGGAUCUGAGAUUCUGUGGAGCUGAGUGUGGUUCCUGGGUAUAAAUAUGGUUCGACAGGUAAAAGGAUGGCUUGUUCUUAUGAAAGGAAAGGAAACUAUUUGAUGUGCCCUCAUAUUCCCCUUAAGCUAGGCAGAGAAGAGGGAAAAGUGGAGAGUUCCACAUGGCUAGCACUACUGAGAGUUCUCAGUUUUGUGUGGAGUUUUUGAUAUAUUUCAGCUUUGAAAGGAUAAAAGGAGACAAAUUGAAAGCCAGUAGAUGGAGCGGGCUUAGCAUACCUAGAUUGUCCUAGAUUCUCUUUCUGGCUUUGCCGAUGAUUCACUGUGUAUAUUGUGGUGAAUUAUUUUGUUUCAGCUCUGUGUUUUUAUCUUUGGAAAAUUGGGGACCUUGGUGCUUAUAGCAUCUACCUACCUCCUCUGGGUGUGACAAGGGCACUUUGAAAAGGGGAUGGGAGAUACACACAAGAAGGAUGCCAUACAGAUGUUAUACUAAGCUGCAUUUAGUCCCAUAAAUUAAAAUAUACUACUCUGAUAAGAAUGAAAACAUUUACAAACUGUGACAUCCUGAUUUCCUAUUCUCUAGAGAUUCUAGAGAAAUACUGAAUGUGUCUGCAUUGAGCUUUAGUUGGUACAAGAUAUGGAUUGGGAAGCAGGAGUCAGGACAAUUAAGACUAGAAUCUACAAUUUUAACAAUUUAAAAAUUGUUUUUUUAACGUUUGGAGCCCACCCUUCUGAAAUCACCAUCUCCUAAAAGAUCCACUACAGCUUGUCCUGCUUCACAAAGCAAACCUUUGGAGAAAACAUAUGGGUGCUUAGUUGGAAGAGAGAGGCUUCUUAACAUUACCUUCAACCCAGCCCCAAGAAAACUCCUUUUAACCUUCAACUUGGAUUCCAGUGAAUGAAGUUGUUUGAAUGAGGUACCAUUACCUUGAUGGAUUAGUGGGGAAGGAACUAGGGAGAUGUGGAUGAGGCUAAUAGGGCAGCCUUGUUUGACUGGCUCUGGGGGAUUCAGGUGAGUGUUGUUCAGUCUCAGAGCUCCACAUUGCAUCCCUGACUCAGCCAGCUUUUGUCAUCCUAAGAGCAACUCAAAGAACAGGUAAAUCGAUAAAAUUCACCCCAUGCUUUGAAAACUGGUAUUAAAUGCCCACCUGAUAAAGGACCCUUCUUUACACACGAGUGCCUGCAGCACAUACACGUGCAUUUCAGAAUCAGACCAAGGCCUUAGAGCAGUGGUUCUCAAACCAUGGCUUGUAUCAGAAUUCCCUGGGGAGCUGGUUAAAACACGGGUUGCUGGGCCCCACCCCUAGAGUUUCUGAACCAGUAGAUCUGGAGUAGGGCCUGAGAAUUUGCAUUUCUGACAAGUUCCCAGACGAUUUUGGUGCUGCUGGUCUGGGAAGCACACUUUGAAAACAACUAUGUAGAGUUAAUUUCCAAAGGGUCUUCAUUUCAUCACCAAAGCAAGCAGACCUGGAGGAAUCUCUUUCCCAGGUGCUCUUUUGAGAUUUUUAGUGCUGUCUUAGGACAAAAAGUCUUUUCUGAAAUCAAAGGCAGGUAGGGAUGGCCAAGGCACAUUACAAUGAAAAAUCCCCCCACCCCCCUUUGACGUUUAGGGCCCAUCUACUUAAUUCUGACAUCCCCCGUAGAUGUCCAAGGCUGACAAUUUACUAGUUUAACUUUUAUUUUAUUUUAUAUUUUGUACUCAUCAUGUACCAUAUACAUGGCCCUCAAAGUCAGUCUCACAGGUAGGCAUUUUCUGCAGACAUGGUGUUGAGGGGAGAGAGCACUAACAUUUAGUGGGAAUUUUCUAUGGUCCAGGCCCUUUAGGCCACAUCGAAUGACCUCACUUAAUCUUUACAACAGUUCCAUGAAGCCUGCAUUGUAUUUGGAGGAAACCAAGGGUCAGAGAUUCAGGGACCCAAGAUGAGGACCUUGGUGGUCAUGGCCAGAGGUUGACAGUCCCUCCUCCCUGCCACAGAAUUUCCCAGGGCAGGCUUCCAACAGUGAUACAUGUUUCUCCCACAAUUCCAAAGACCCUGGAAUGGGGAGGAGUGUAGACAAAUGAGGAGACUAGCAUCUAUUGAGCACUUAUUUAUAUUAAUAAAUGUUAUAAAUUUAUAACAUUUGAUUAUAUGAAUUAAGUGUCCCUAUAUCUGUUUUCAGAGGAAGAAUGAAGGUUCAGGGAAGUUGAUUGCUUUGCUUGAGGUGGGUCUGUCUCUAGAGCCUAUACUCCUAGUGGACAUCUCCUCCUGACCAAAUAGUGAUAAGAACCUAUCUUUUCUGUCAAGACAGCUUCUGCUCUUUCAUGAGGGCUCUCCCAAGACUAUUAGGACAUGGAUAAUCAUGGUUUCUGAUUCUACUUCACCCCCAGCAUGAGAGAAGAUGGUCCUUGAAUGGACCUGCUCCUCUAGAUCACACUCAAAGGCCAAAUCCUCCAACUAAACAACAGAUAUUUCAGAUCAGCAAAAAUGGAAAUCAGAAUGUUUGUGCUUUGCUUGUAUUUUUUGAUACACCGUGGUCUAGGAGUCAAGGUGCCUGAGUCAAAUGACUUCUCACUGAUUCAUUGUUGAAAAACUCUGUGGUUCAGACCACCCAAAGGCCCUGCCCCUUCUGCCUUCCCUCACCCACAGGUUGUGUAUGUUCUUUUUGUAAUUCCAUGUCCUUUUGCUGCAUGAUAUCUACUUCAGAUUAUUUUUCCCACAAGAACUUGUGACUUGGAAAUCCACAAAAUGCAUAAUUAACUUUAUCUAUGUUAUGGGCUUAAUUGUGUCCUCCUCCCCCACUCACUCGUUUGUUGAAGUCUAAUCCUCUGUACCUCAGAAUGUGACUGUAUUUGAACACAGGGUUUUUAAAGAAUUAACUAAAUUAAUAUGAGAUUAGUAAAGUGGGCCCUAUUCCAAUAUGCUUGCUGUCCUUAUGAGAGGAGAUUAGAACACAGACACAUGCAGAGGGAAGACCAUAAGACACGGAGAAGACGGCUAUCUACAAGCCAAGGAGAAAGACCUCAGAAGAAAGCGACCCUGCUGAUACCUUGACGUUGGACUUCUAGCCUCUAGAACUGAGAAAAUAAAUUUCUGCUGUUUAAUCUAG